UUAACAAAAGAACCUUGUACGCAAAACUGUCUCUUUAGAUAAUCAGUUUUAUAUUCUAAAAAAUAUCACUAUAUAGUAAUAAUGCUACAUUACACGUCUUAAAUGUCCAGAACAUUGGUUUUCUGUAUUUCCUUAAUCGUCUUCCCUUAUAGGCUCACGUUAAUAACUUAAACUAGGCUCGCGAUUUUGUAUCUUUUAUCGUACAAACUAAUAUUAUAAUAUAAUUAAAUCCUUUUGAUAACAAUUUAUUGAAAGUCAUUGCUGAAGGAAGAUCCACUCUCGAGGAUCCAGAGAGAAAUUUACGAGGUGACAGAAAGAGAGAGGGAAUUUAAAGAAGGUCACUUUAGAAUAAACAGGCUUAUGUCAGAAUCUACAAUUGACGUUAACCAUCAGAAUGGUUACGUGAACGGUAAUGGUUUAGACAACCCUCCAAAAACCCUCAGUAGAGCGGUUUCUACCUCACAGUUGUUGGGACCCAUAGCACCUUCUCCCCCCACCACGAACACAUUACUGAAUACGAAUGGUUACACUCGUAGAUUUACGCCUCAGUCUGGAACAAAAGGUUUAAUGCAGAGGUUUAUUGCAAAUAAAGGGAAACUGCCCGUCACUUCUCCCGUAGGACCAACUUCUCCUACACCGCUAGCAACGACGCUUACCUUCCCAGCUCCCAUCGCUCCGGUUUCUCCGACUAUCGCUUCGGCUGUCGUCACUCGGACACCCGAGGGUAAGCCCGUUAGAAAAGGCUACGUUCCAGUAGAAGAGAAAAUACAAAAGGAGCUACAAGAAAUGAAAAACAGAGAACACGAACUAAAAAAGAUGAGGAAGAAACAGAAGCCAUUCGACUUAGAACUGAGUGAUAAUGAAACAACUUCCGAAUCUGAGGAUGAAGAAAUUCCCAUGCCGGGCAAGUUGAAGGCGACUAAAUCGAUCGGGGAGUUAUAUGAAGCCUUGAAUGACGAACUAAGGUCGCCCUCGCCUAGGAAUAGCUCCGGCCACGAUUCGCUGGGCAGCCUGAAGCCGGCUAAGUCCCUAGCCGAGCUGUGUGAACUAGGUCCCGGUCAAGAGUUCCUAGCGCCUAGCUCUACCCGGCUCAUAGCCCAGUGGGAGUCUAUAAUCCAGCAAAAGCAAGAAGCGGGCGCCGCUUAGAUGAGACUACGACUACUCGUUAAAAAUAACUUAGGGCGUGUGACGCGAAAAUUGUAUAGUAAACAAAGUUGCCGUAGCGUGUCGGGCGUGACCACGUGUGAGUGAGUGCACCAUAUGGACAGCGUAACGGAUUGGGCAUUUCGUGAUCGUUAAACUCCAACCUAACGGUAUGUGUCAGAGUAACUGUUCGAUUUCUUAUUUUUUCGGCCAAUCGAUUGUAAAGUAAUUAAUUUUCUCUGCGAACAAUGCAAAUGAUGGUUAUCCGUAGCGACAGUAAUUAUUAAAUCGUUGGAAAGCCGAUACGGAUAGAUCAUAUGGUGCGGUGUGAGUUGUGAGAUAGUUUCAUCCCAUUGUUACAUAUUUCUGUACCCUAUUGAGCAGCUUUUUAUGAGCUUUCCCGGUAGAAUGUACCUUUCUUCGUAAACUUUCAAUCAUUCGCAUGCGAAACUAUAAUAAAGUAGGAUUGUUGUGUUAUUUUGUUUUAUAUUUUCUGCAAAACAGCAAUAACAGUCAGAAACACAAGUGAAGUAGUAGUCAGAAUUUGUUCGUAUUGACUGAUAUUGCCUGGUUGCAUUUAAAAUUAAUGUCGCAUUGUUCAUUAUUGAAUUGAGCUACUGGAGAUACUUUCACGUUUUAUCGUUAAAUUAAACCUGAUAUUUUGUAUUAUUGUUAUAUAUAUAUAU